GAUUUACUCAUACUAAUGAAUGCGAACUGUGACUUUUUCGACAGAUACUACUUGAUAGCGGUUCCGUUUUUCUGCUUCUUCAUUCCGACGUGGGUGCCAGUGCACUUUUGGGGUGAGAAGGCGUGGGUGGCCUGGUACGUGGCUGGCAUCUGCCGCUACACACUCUCUCUCAACUUCACCUGGCUAGUCAACAGUGCCGCGCACAUGGGAACCAAGCCUUACGACAAAAACAUCACGCCGACAGAGAACGUGACAGUGGCGAUGCUGGCGUUCGGCGAGGGCUGGCACAACUACCACCACGCGUUCCCCUACGACUACAAGGCGGCCGAACUGGGCAACUACCGCGCCAACCUCACCACCGCCUUCAUCGACAUGUUCGCGCGCAUCGGCUGGGCCUACGACCUCAAGAUGGCCACGCCCGCCAUGGUGCAGCGCCGCAUCCUCAGGACGGGCGACGGGUCGCAUGACAGUGUGGCCGCCCACGACCACCAUCACCAUCAGGACGAGGUGUGGGGCUGGGACGACAAGGACAUGACGACCGAGGACAAGAAGCUGAUCGAGAUCAUCAACAGGGUUGAGGAUUAGAGAGUGAUCGUCGGGCGACAAGAAAUUGAUCGACAGAGUUCAGGAUUAGAGAUUCACUUCAAACAAGGUCUAUAGACAGAGGUCAAGACACCAUCCCAUGAUACAUUGCAGAACUGCCACAUUGAAGACUAGUUUACUAGUUUGGAAGUUUGUUUACUAGUUGUUGAAUUAACACAAUAAGAAACGGGAAGAUUGCUUUGCAUAGUGCAUGAUUUUGCUACAAAUACGUUGUUCUUAUUGAAUUAUAUUUUGAAAUUUGUCGCCAAAAUAACUUCAAUAUGGCCGCUCCACAACAAUUAGUGUCUAGACCUCUUUCUAUAGACCUUGCACUUCAAGUGGGACACUUAAUUCCCUUUGGCGUGAUAACAGUAAUUAUCCCAACGCUCAUGAUAACAGUAUAUUUCAGAACUUUCGAUGGUAUUAUGGAUUACAAGUUACUUCUGUUAACAUGGGACACUCAGUUUCAUUUUGCCUGGUAUUCCAACGAUCAUUAUAACAAUAUACUUCAAUUCAACAGACAUUCGAUCAAAUUAUGAUUACGGCUCAAAUGAACAAUUUUUAACACUUUCCAUGAAUCUUUAAAACUUGUUAUUAUCAUCACAUCAUGGAGUUGGCAGACAAAAUAUAUAUUGUUUAAAAUGUGUUGAAUAGAUUGUCAUGUUCCAUUAGGAGCUGGAGAAUGUUAUUGUAGAAUACAAUAUUAUGUCAUUAUAGGAUUAGAUUCAUGCUUCUUUCGUCGUCGCUUCAAGUAUGACACUUGAUUUUACUUGCCCUGGUAACAGUAAUUAUUCAGUAAUCAUGAUAACAAUAUAGGCUACUCCAAUUUAACCGAACUUUAGGUCGUAUUAUGAUCGGAUUACUACAGGACUUGAAUGACGAAUUUUUCACAGUUCCCAUGAAUCAUCAAUUAUUAUUAUCAACAUCUUGGAGUUGGCAGAAAUAAUAUAUAUUUAAAUAAUUUAGAAAAGAUAUAUUUGUGGCAAAUAUAUUGGAUAAGUUUACAUGUUCCAUUGAAGAGCUAGAGAAUUUUCUUGUAUAAUGUAUAUAAAAUAAUAUUAUUAUAAUGUGUGACUGCAAGGCAUAUCAGAUCAGUUGUAAUUUAGAGCAUUAGAUGAUGAUAUCUUCCUGAGAAUGUGUGUAUAGUGAUUUAUAUAAAUGUAGUGUAAUUAUAUUUUUAGGAUUGCUUUUUAUUAAUUUAUUGCUUGGUAGAGAAUUUUCAUUAUUUCUUCAAGAGCUACAUUCCAAUCUGGAGUAUAUUCAUUUCGGGAAUUCCCCACAUGGUUUGGUUAUUUCCACAGUUCAACUUAGUAGCAUACACUUUCAACAAAGUGAAACAUUUAUUAUGGUUUAUUAAUGGCAAUAUCCUACUUGAAAAAAAAAUGAUAAUUUCCGUAGAAUCUCAAUGUUGAAGAACAUAACUCAGUGCAUGAUUGAAAGUGAAAACUACUAUUAAUCUCUUUGGAAUAAAAUACAAUUCAAUUAAAAAUAGGAUUAAGUUAUCAGAACUGUUAAAUUAAUUAUAUAAAUACUUGCAAAAUCUUGAAUGUAGUUUUUAGAUAUAUUGUCUCAGAUUGUUUUAAUAAAAUGUUGAGCCUAAA